AUGUUUAAUUCGUCCAGAUCAAAUCUUAGAGUAAUUCAGCUUAACCUUCACCGCUCAAAGAUUGCUACUCAGCAGCUUAUCCUGAAUAUGGACACUUCGUACAUAAAUGUUGCUCUUGUUCAGGAGCCUUACGCUUAUAAUGGUUCUCUUCCUUUCUUUCCAUCUUCGUAUCGCACAUAUUUCAACGCAGGUUGUGAUACUAUCAAGGCGGCGAUCAUUGUUCGUAACCAAGGACUUUCAACUUUUUUUGAUUUAAAUAAUAUCGAUUACAAUAUGGUUUUUAUUCACAUCACGUUCAAUGCUUUCAACUUUAUUCUUCUGUCCUACUAUUUUGAACCCAACAGAAAUAUUGAUUUGGAUUUACAUAAAAUCAGUGGAGUGUUUGCCGUAAUAGAUUGCCAUAGGCUGAUCUGGGGUAUGGAUGCUAACAGUAAGUCCGAACUCUGGCACAGUCCAAUUUCCGACACUCGCGGUAUUAAGCUCUGUGCCUUUUUAAGUAUGAACAACUUAUUUGUAAUUAAUGAAGAUUGUGGUCCUACCUUCAGUGGCUCUCAGGGCUCCAGCUAUAUUGAUAUAACUGUUGUGGGAACUGAUGUGCUAGAUGAAGUUUCAUAUUGGUGCCUUCCAGAAUAUGAAUCCCUUUCCGAUCAUAAUACAAUUGAAUUUGAAGUUACUGCGACAAUUAAUCCUUCUACUUCUGACAGAUUCGAUAAAUUUCUAUAUUUCAAUGUUAAGAAGGCAAACUGGGAUCGCUUUGACUCUUUUUGCAAGCAACCUUUUGUUGACCUUUCUAAUCGUAUCGAUUCUUGUGAUGAUGUGGACACCUUAAUAUCUGUUACAGAAAACUUUCAAAAUGUAGUCCUUUCUGCUACUAAAACUUCAAUGCCUCUUAAAAAGAUAAGAAUGCACUGGGUUCCUUGGUGGAGUAUAGAGAUUGAGUGUAUGAGGAAAAGGGUCAAUGCUGCUAGGCGCAGGUAUCAAAGAACCCGAAAUUUUAUUCUUAGAAAUCUUUACAGACAGAAGUAUUUACAAAUAAAAAUUACAGUUCAAUUCUUGAAGAGGCUAAAGUCCAAUCUAGGAAGAUUUUCUAGAGGAUAUUAA